GGCACCAUUGGUCCUUGUUGAAAUCACGCUGGAUUUGUGUUCUUCCGAGAUUUUAAAAUGGGGUAGUGUCACAAAUGCCAAAUAGAGUGUAAAAAAUGAAAUUCACUCAUGAGUAAUAUAUGGUGUAUGCAUCAACUGAUGCAGCCAAAAAAAAAAGAUUUUGUACGAAAUCAGACGUAUGAUCUUUUAAAAGAUUUCAUUUUUGGAGUUCCAAUUAAAAUGCAUCUCUUCUCUCAGUCUCGUUUAUUGUCUCUCCCACCUUUCUCCAAUCGAGUGACAAAAAAGGCAUCGGCGUCGCCGGUGCUGUGCGUGCUUUGCCCGGUUCCCCCCCCGGAUGGCGGCGAGGGUGGGACAGGCUAAGUGAGAUGUAGGUGGCGGUGGAUAUAUGAUUCAAGGCAUGCAGUGGAUUUUUCCUUAGAAUUAUAGUCCUCUGUUAUUUCUGCAAAAGUCCUUUGGGCCAAAUAGGAAUUGAAGCGGCAAACAUCUCCUUGGGUAAUUUGCUCCCUGCAAAUGAGAGGAAAAUACAGAUAAUAGUCUCUAAAACUAAUGAGGUAGCUUUAUAAUUGAUUUCUUGAGACUCAAAUUAAAGGUUCAGUUGAUUCGGGCUCCUCUGGGUGUUUUAUAUGUAAAUUGCGGCUGAUUGUAACUUUGUGUUGGAGUAAUAAAGCUCAGGUUUUUCCGCAAAAAAAGAACAUCAUAUCGUGCCACCUCUGAUCUUCUUACCAUUGUUUGAAAUUAUAUUCUUUAAAGCAAAUAAAUAAUAAGUUUUGUCGGACUAAUAUCUUUACACUCAUAGAAAUCUGAGUUGGUGGUCGUGAGUUCACUCCAACAAAACUACCCACAAUGGCUACGGAUUCAUAUAAUUGCCACUUAUUUUAUACGUAUCAUGAUCUUUUGACUAUUCUUGAUUGGUUUUGUUGACUUUCAAGAUAUUUUUUUCAAAAAUAAUAUUUUAAGAUAAGUCUUUUUUAUCAGAAAAUUUAAAAAUAUGAGUCACAUAUUCUUAAUCCCGUAAUAAAGCACGGGCAUUUAGCUCGUCACUGGUAAUAUAUUGAGUUAAUUUAACAACAGGAACAUGCAAUUAGGUGGAUGCAAAUUUAAAUGUAGGGAUAGUUGUCGGCAUACCACCGUAAUACUACUCCAAACCUGGUAAUUACAAUCGUAAGCAUCAUUGCAAAGGUGUGAAAUGGGGUCCCAUGGUUCAAUGUACCUAUAUAGGGUCAAUAAGUUGAAGUAUGGAGAUCUUCUCGUCCAAGUGGUCACACGUGCCCUAGCUCUCAUUGUCGUAGCUCCUCAGAUCUCUCCGAUCUCCCCGUCUCCGGCAUCUCAUUGACAUUGUGAGGUAGGGAGAGCCGUCGUCUUGGUCUCUCAGUUUGCACCCUUUUUUUAGACUAGAGAUAUUCUGAUAUGCUUUAUAGGUUCUUCUUUGGUCAUCGUUUCCUUUUCAUUAAGCGGGCAAUGGUGUAGGUCACGAUAAGCAUGCUCCAUUGAGGUAAAGAUCAAGGAAAAAAAAAGGUUUGCCAGACAUUAGUCUUUUUGGACAGUGAGGAUAUAUGUUUCCUUGUUUGAAUCUACUUCCUCUGUCCCAUAUUAAGUGUCGAAAUAUUACAUGUAUCUAAACGCUUUUUAUGUAUAGAUACAUUCAUGUUUGAGCAAAUUUGAGACACUUAAUAUGAGACGGAGUGAGUAUAUAUAUAUGAUGCGGUGGCAUAAUUUUGGGUUUUGUUUCUCGUGCUUCAAUGCUAACUCAGCGUCGAUGCAAAUCCCGAAAAUCUUAUGAAAACACACGGGUGUGGACGGCACGUGUUUUUUCCUUGAAGAACGGUGUCAAACAUGGAUCGAGAGCUUCAUACCGUUCCCAAAGGCGACUUCUUGUCCAGGAGGAUAGUCCUAGUGGAACUUUAGUCUCGAUGACUUCGUGUCGCCCAGGGGCUGGAGGAGUAUAUAUACGGAAAUAAAUCGUGUAUACAGCACCUUUUUUCUUAGCGAAGAGUAUAUACCUUUUUUUUCCAUCGUGUCACCCAGGGCCUGGGGUCACUCAACACAUGUCCGGGCCGAUAUGAAAAACUCGUUCGCCUGGGGUAAACAACGCUGCCCAAGACUAGCCCACUAUGAGAGAGGCAUGUGGCUGCUGGCCGUUCACGGGCCAGGCCUAGAUAGCCGGCCGGCGUGGCGACUGGCGAGGCAGCAAAGUCCACAAAGCCCGAGGCAGCCCACGUGAGAGGGUCACACAACUCACAGACUGCUGGGACACGUGCACGGAGUGCCCUCCACCCGUUUGAUACCACAGUGCCCCGCCGCGAAGCUUCCCCUGCCGCAAUGGAGCCGCUGAGCUGCGCGUGGCCGUGCACCGCACUGUGCUUUCUCACGCGUCUCCCCUUUGAGCUUUGACUCACCCCACUCCUGUCCCCCCGUUUAGAUCUAAAUAUCUAAUCAAGCUAGUAGCUGUGGUAUAAAAAGAGCCGGAUGCAUCUGUAGGCUGUAGCUGCAGCUCACAGCACAGAGAGACGAGCUCGAUCGCGCAGCAGCAUUGUCCGAGUUGCACACUGAUACCGUCCAUUUAUAUAUGCAUCUGCAUCCAUCAUCCAUGGUGGGCGGCGGCGGAUGCGGCGGCGGGAGAGCUCUCCGGCGGGUCGACAGCUUUCCGGUGAGGCCGUCGCUGAGCAGGAGCGACGCCAUGAAGAAGAAGAAGAAUAGGAUUAGCAAGAGAUCCAGGAUCUCGGCCGCGCUGCGGGAGCUCAAGGUGGCCGCCAAAGCCCGGGACACCAACGCGCUUCUCCAGCUCGUCUUGACGGGACACCGCGCCGGCAGCGGCGGCCGCACAGGACCAUCAACAUCACCAUCAUCUGGUGGUGGGGAAAAAAUUACUACUACAUCGGAGGCAGAGCGCGGCAUGAUCGCCGAUCCGCUAGGACGCGGCGGCGCCAUCGCCGGUGCCUCCGAAUCGGCUGGUGAUGGUCUUAUCGUGUCCGGCGGGAGGCCAAUAGCGACGGCGACCGGGGCCGGGGGAGGAGCUCGUUGUUACGCGAGGUGGACGGCGGCGGUGCUGGCGCUGGUGGUGGCCCUGGCGUGCGUGGUGGUGCUCGGCAAGGCUCCGGCCAUCUGCUGCUGCACCUGCGCCGCCUGGUGGUGCGGCGGCGGCGGUAACGCGGCGGAGAGGCGCCGCGCAUCUCAUGACGACUCCGAUUGCCGGCGCCUGAAGAACGGCGGAUACCAUGGCACAGCGUUACUAGCGUAGUACGGCGCCCACAGGCGCAGAGCAGAGCAGUAGAGGUCGCUUGUGGGUGAACGUUGGAAUUUUUUCUUUAGCCAGCAGCCUAGCAGAGUAGCAGGGCGUCCAGCCGUGCAACGUGUUUUGUUUAAUUCUUUCUAUAAAGAACGCUAUAAUUCGUGGAAAGAAUGUUCUUUUUUUUUUCUUAA